AUGGCAGCCCGCGUCUAUGCAAUGGAAUUCUUGGCUGUCUUGAGCCGACGAGUGGACUGGAGCGCCGUUCUGCUGUUCGCAUCGACCAUCGCCGUCUUCGUUAUUCCCAUGUUCAUCAUAUUUCCCCCCGUGCCGGUCGAGCAAAGCGACGCGCUGGGGCAGACGCACUCCAAGCUCGGCCGGCCCCUGGCGCAACAUGGCACUUGCCCUGCUCCCACCCAACAACACCAGCACCAGACGACCCAGUCGAGUACUACUACUACUAGCAUUGAUGCCGCCCCUCUCGAGGUGCCGAGCCCAACGGCAGUCGUCUACCCCAUAAAGGCGUGUCGGGGCAUCGACGUGUCGCGCGCCGAGGACCAGCGGCGCAUCGGCUCCCUCCGCUGCGAUUCCCUCUACACCUUCGCCCAGCCGGCCAGCGCGGCGCUCCCUCCAGCGGAUCGAACCGGGACGGGAGACGCGCGACAGGGCCGCCCAGCGAGUCACGAGGACGGCGACGUUGAUCAGUGGGAGGCGUUGACGCGUAGCGACGUCCCGCCCCUGGCCGAUGUCAAGAUCGACGUGUGGCUCCCAGACGAGGCCAAGUCGAGCAGGCUGCUGGGCCGCGUCGAGGGCGGCUUCGUCGUCGCGCGCUUCCCGUGGGCCGAUGACGGUGUCGAAGGCGGCGAGGAGCUGUUGCGACGUCUGGCGCGGGUUCUGGCCGCCAAGCUGAGCCGCGGUCUGCGCGCCGUCCCGGAAAUGGAGAUGCGGCUGCCCCUCGAGUUCCCCCCCGAGGCGGACAUCGCGUCCAGGGGCUACCGCGGCGCGCGAGUUGCGCUUCGCCCGGGUGACGUGCGUCCCGCCCUGAACAUGGAGGCGGAGCUCCCGCCAGGGUUGGCGCGCCAUCUCGGCAUCAAGCAGCGUUUGGGGAUCCUUCGUCUGUGCGACGACGGGCUGGGAGACGAUGGACGCGGCACGGCGUAG